GUUAGCAGCUGUUUCCCGCCAUUUUCAAUAUCUAUUUACCCUCUCUUCACUUAUACGCGCUCAAAAACCCUCGAACUCACAAACCUUAGAAUUCGAAGAUUGGAUCAAUGGAUGCUGAAAUCAAAGCCGAAUUCAACAAAAGUGGAUUCAAAAUCGCCGAUGAAGAUGAAGUUCUCCGUAAAUGUCUUACUUUUUGUAUAAAUUACAAGCUCACGCCUUCAGAUCUGAUCUCAAGCUGGGAAGUCUACUAUCUCAACAGGCAGUUGAAUGAAUCUACUAUACAUGAUGCUGAGAUGGAUGGGUUUUUAUUGCACCUGCAAAAUGAGCAGAAAGAGGCAUUAAUUAAGGAGGAGCCUGGUUUGCAUGUGUACUCCAUUCGUGAUGUAGAUAUGACUUUAAAUGAUGAACCAGAAGAUACCAAAGAGGGUAUUUUAAUCACUCCAACUGACAGAACCUUGGCUCGGUAUGAAGAAUUAGAUGAUUCAAGGUAUGGAACAAACGGAAGCCUUCUCUCAUCCAGCAAGCAGUCAAGUAUUGUGACACCAUUUGGACAGCGAAUCAACAAAUUUGUAGUUCAAUUCAAGACAAAGACUGAACCUAUUGCAGAAUGUGGAAAAAAGGAAUCCGAAGAUGAAGAUAUGGGAGAUGAAAUUAUUCGAAGAGCGCAACCAAAGAAAAGGUGUUCUUUAGUGAUUCAUGGAUCCAAGCCCGAACCUGGUUGCAGAUAUAUGUAUGACAGAAUUGAAGACAGGUUUGAUUCUCUUGUGAACCGUAUUAAAAGACAUACAUCAGCAUUUCUUGCUUCUGGACAGUAUGAAGAACCUGUUGACCCUUCCGUAGCCUCUCAGAAAAGUAUAUUUGCUGUUGGGAUGAUCUGUUGUGAUGGGGAAGGCCGCCUGAACGAGAAAUCAGUUUUACUACAAAGCAGUGUUGAGCAUGCAGGAGGAGAACAAGUACGCCUUGAAUUAGACAAAUUGAACCAAUAUUCCAUUUUUCCUGGGCAGGUUGUGGGCAUUGUUGGAACCAAUCCCAGUGGCCAUUGUUUAGUUGCUUCGAAAUUAGUGGAUGCUAUUCCUUUGUUACCCUCUUCUGAUGAGAAUCUUCAUCCUGCAAAGAGGAUUGCUCUGACUGAAGAGAAUCUAUCUAAUUCAGAAUCACCAGCACAGGCUGAAUUAUCUAUGAUGAUUGCAGCGGGCCCUUUCACCACAAGAGACAAUUUGUUGUUUGAACCGCUGACAGAACUGCUUGCAUAUGCAACUAGAAAACUGCCACAAUUGCUUGUACUUUUAGGACCUUUUGUUGAUUCUGAGCACCCUGAAAUUAAGAAAGCAACUUUUGAUCGGAGCUUUGAUGAAGUAUUUUAUCAAGAAGUCAUCAGAAGGUUGCAAGAUCAUGUUGAAUACAUGGGUUCUUCUACUCGUGUACUUCUAGUGCCAUCUAUACGAGAUGCAAAUCAUGAUCAUGUUUUCCCUCAGCCACCUUUUGACAUAAACCCUGAGAUAAGAGACCAGAUAACUAGCCUAACCAAUCCUGGAAUAUUUGAUGCAAAUGAGGUGAUUGUAGGAUGCAGCACAGUAGAUAUUGUUAGGCAUCUGAGCGGAGAAGAGAUUUCAAGGAUUCCCAAAGAUGGGCCUUCAGGAGACCGUUUAAGCAGAUUGGCGACCCAUAUUAUUAACCAACGCAGCUUCUAUCCUUUAUAUCCACCAUCCGAGAGUGUUCCGCUGGACUUCUCAAUUGCCCCAGAAGCUUUGAAUAUUUCCUCCAUUCCACAUAUGCUCAUUUUACCAUCUGAUUUGGCUCCCUUUGCUAAGGUGCUUUCGCUCAAUGCAGAAAUUGAAGAACAGGAACCUCUUAAAUGCCUUUGCGUGAAUCCUGGGAGACUGGCCAAAGGAAUAGGAGGUGGUACAUUUGUGGAGAUUGACUACCAAGGAAGUCCAGAGACAGCAUCGACAUCAAUCAUCCGCAUAUAGACUUUCACCGCAGGAAGUGAACUAUUCGAGUUUAACCUGAAAGAACUUCUGUGUUGAAGGAACAGUCUUGCAAGGUACAAAUAAGCUUCCCAUGAUAUUCAGAACGAACAAUAUAGGGCGUCAAUCACCUGUAACUUGUGAUCUAAUGUAUCUGCUAGAUUAUUAGCUACAUAGCUUCUUAUAAUCAUUAUUUUGUUCAUACACAUUGUACAAUAUGUCUGUUCUGCACUGUAUUGAAUGGACGAUUGCAUAUUAGAUCCGCAAUUUCAAGUUUUUUAUUUAUUUUUCCUAUUCUGAAGAGAUUAACAUGUAUCUUAAAUUGUGUACAGAUUAGAGACUACGUGUACCCCUUUGUAAUACUCAUCCAUCCCAUCUCAUGUGUUUUGGAUUGUGUACAAAUUUGAGAUUGGAGACUACAUAUAUCCC